AAAUUAGAAUCCGCAAUGCCAACUUCAUAUCAUGUUAUGCAUACGUGGGAUGUCAAUCAUCUAUGAAGCUUGUGUUGCCAAACUUCUUAUCUUGUUAUGCAUAUGUUGGAUGUCAAUUACUACCUCCGUUCUAAAAUAUAAGCCUUUUUAGAAAGCUAAACUAGCUUUCUAAAAAGGAUUAUAUUUUGGGGCGGAUGUAAUGUUAUGAAGCUUGUUGCCAAACUUACUGUACUAGUAAUCUACCAUGUCUGUUUUAUCAGCAAAUGUGCUGUUGAGUUAUAAUGCAGUACCCCUUAUUAGUUUACUUUCUGCAGUGCCACUUGUAUUGAAGUCUCUACAGACAAGUGGAAUUUAUUUUCCUGAAAAUACGAUUGGGUCUCUUGUGUCCUUCAGUAGAUCAGUGCUUCUAGUUCAAGUGGCUCUGUUGGUAAUAGGUGUCUCAUCAGCUCAUGUAUUUGGUACUUAAUUGGUUGCUAUUACACAGAUUUAACACCUGUUUUUCGUUUGCUUGAAUUCUGUAAGAAUAUGGAUCAUGUUAUACUGGUUGAGGGAACAGUUUGAAUCUUAUCUUCCAUGCUGCUUCUUUUAAUGCCUGCUGUAGUCAAUCGCAGUGUGACCCAGUUCAUACGCCAGGCUUGCUAAAUCCAGCUAGUUAGAUAUCUCUGUUAUGAGCUGUGAGUAAAUAGUCUACCCUGUUCAGGAUGGAGGAAAACGUAAGGAAUGCUGUUCCAAAGGAAUUAAUGCCUUUCUGGCCAUUGGGAACGAAGGAAUCUCGUCCUACCAAUGCUAUGUGAAGUUUCGCUAGCCUGCGUUUCAUUGGUCAUGCUAAGUUAUAGGUUGAAAUUGGAAUGUUUGGCAGGUUGUCUAGAACAGAUAUUUUGGUGUUCCUUCAUCUGUAUUUUCAUCAUUGAGCUUAGAUAAAUUGGCACAAAAGUUUAUGUUUUCUCUAGCAUGAGACUGGAAACGUUAAUGUUAAAUUAUGCUUCAGUGGGUGCUGUAUUUUUCCUCCGUUAGUUCUAGCAUUGCCUGAUAGAUUGGUUAUGUCAAAGUUCUGCAUAUGAUGUUCUGUGACUUCACCAUGAUAUGCUUACUCUGGAUGCCAGCAAUCUAUCAACUUUGUUUCUUCAAACUCAAGUAAUCUAUGAUGUCAGUUUUAUCGGCAAAUAUGGUGUUGAGUUCUUAAUGCAGUAACCUUGUUAGUACUUUCUGCAGUGCAGAUUCUAUUGAAAUCUAGUGACAUGUGGUAUUUAUUUUCCUGAAAAUACGAUAGGCCCCCAGCUUAUCUAUUUUAAACUUCAUUGGCUGUUAUUACACAGAAGUAGGACAUGUUUUUUCAUUUCUUUAUUUCCAUAAGAAUCUAGAUCACAUUAUACUGGUGAUGUUGAGGGAACUCUUUGAAGCUUAAUUUGUCAUGCACCUUGUGAUCUAUGCUGUCUAGCAUAGUUAAUUUAAGGUUCCCGAUGCCAGAUAUGUUUUUGGUAGAGGUUUGUCUCGGUUCAUACAUGCAGCUAAAUUCAGUUAGUAAGAAUUGCAGAAUUGGUGCAAGUUCAGCCGCGAGGCCUGUCCAAUUUCACAUAAGGCAUGGCAUUCUGACGAAUUUUGAAGAGUAUACAGAUGGUUAUACCUGAUGGCCACUGGCUGAACUGAAGUGUUGAAUAUGAGCUGCAGGCCGAAUUGCCUGGGAUGUUGGAGUUGUUUGUUGUCUGAAUAAACUUGAAUUGAAUGUGACUACUUCAUUAAGUAACAAAUCUGCGGUACAAUUUCACGGUUUUUUUUGAUGUUGAAUACUUUCAGAGUAUGUGUUCCCGAACAGUCUCUUUCGUGUCUUUUAGAUGCUGAGUACGUUUUGAAGGUGUUCCUGAACACAAUCUCUCAUACCCGUGUUUAUUUUGACGUUUUCUCUCAAAUCUAGAAAACUUAGGUGAGGAGAAUACAAAGAUGAAGCUCUUUUAGGUUGAUAUUUGCCUGCUGCAUAUUCUUAUUUAGCAAAGUCAGGUUCAUGAUUACUGUGUAAUUUAGAUUUGUAAUGACCCAGUUCUGCACUUUUGUGGCUAUGUUUGCUAGUUGCUCCAACUUGCAAAAGAACCUGUAGAUGAGUGGGGUGUACCAUCAGAUGCUGUGCCUACACAUGCAAUGGAGCUCAGGCCUUACAUUGAAGAACCUAUACGAAGAAUUCUUCCAUCAUCCCAUGUUAAUUUGAAUCAUCGACCGAAAAUUCGGCAUGAUUUUGUGCUUUCAAAGCAGGAGUUUGUUGAUGCUUACUGGGAAACACUAGAGUACUGCUAUUUAACAGCUGGCUUGGCUGAACCAUUAAGUGCCUUUCCUGGCUGUUCUGUACCUGAGGUUUCUCAUCCUCGUUCAUGGAGUUCUCGUAGAUUGAUGACUACUGAACAACAGCUGGAGUUACAAAAGCGUAUUAUGAGUAUCAGUGAGGAAGGGAGAAUUCCUUUCAAAGAUUGUCUUGGAAUUGCAAGAGAGCUGAAUCUCUCUGUAGAACAGGUGCUCUGUGUUUCGUCCUCUCAGAAUAGACAGCCCAGAUUUCCUGCUACACAAAAGCAGCAGGGAGCUAGUUCUGGAUCGAUCAGUCAGAAAAGGAAAAGAUCCUCUGAUAAGGUUACCCUAAGGUUUAUUAAACAAAACGUUCAAGCUAGUGGAUCCACUGGAAAGAUAUCAGCCCAAUCUACCCAGGAUGACGAAGUACCACGGAGCACUUCUGCAUCAUCCACUGGUAGACAAUUCCAGUGGACAUAUGAGUCUAACAGAAAACUGCUGAUGAUAUACACUAGAUUUUGUGCGGCACGUGGACCCAAAUGUUAUUGGAACUCUGUCUCUGGUCUUCCAGCUGCACCACAUACAUGUCGUAAAAGGAUGGCAUACUUAAAUAAAAACAUAAAUGUAAGAAAAGCUGUAGUGAGAAUCUGUAGCCUUCUCAGAGAGGAAAGGAGGUCAAAAGUGAGCGAAGGCCAUUCACAUAUUUCAAAUUCUAGCCAUGGGAACUGUGAAGAUUCAGAUUCUGAGAUAGUCAAUUGGGAUUAUUUCGAAGAUCCAGAAAUAAAAAAUGCACUUGAUGAAGUCCUUGAAUUCAUUCGAGUAGAAAAGUUGAACCAGACAGGGGAAGUUGGGCCUAAUAAUGCAAAGAGUAAUAGUGAUAAUAAUGUCAAUGAGGAAAUUCCAAGUGGGCAGGAAGAGCUGGUUGUGCAAGGUGCAACAAGUACAAGCGCUGCAGUUCCAGAAGCUGGAUCACAUGAACAUGCUAUGUUGUCUAGACAUUCAAAUGCAACCCAUCCAAGUAAAAGCGUCGACGUACCAUGCAUAUCUCAUGAAAAGGUCAUUAAGGUCAACAGAGAUGGAUGCAAAUCAUUAGCAGUUGCAAAUGCGAUAUUGCUUCUGAAGUUGGUUUUUCUCAGCACAUCAUCAGGAUCAGAAGUACAAGCUUCAUUAACUGCAACCCUCCAGCUUUAUUCAGAGAGUGAAAUAGUCACUGCCUUUUCUUUUCUCAAUGAGAAGAAGUUCACGGUUAGUGGAAAUGGAACAAAGCCAUACACCCUUUCACGAAAAUUCUUCUUGAAGGCUUCUCAUUCACCCUUUCCAUUUGGUUCAGGAAAAAAAGCUUCUGAAUUUUCUAAAUGGCUUAUAAGGCAGCAAAAGAACAUUAUGGAUGGUAGAUUUUAUUUAUAUCCAGAUGUAGAAUGUGGGGAAAUUGUUUCUCUCUUUUCUCUGGUUUUGUCAGGAGAGUUAUCCGUUUCACCUUCCUUGCCAAGCGAAGGAGUUGGUGACGCUGAUGGGCCUAAUAUCUCCAGUUAUUUGGUUGAAGAUACCAGUGGACUGAAUGAUGGCACUCACAAACGAAAGGCUGAUAUGGUGGAACAGGAAAGCCGUACGGCUAAGAAACACAAGCCUUCUUAUCGUCGCGAGAAAGGUUUCCCUGGUAUCCAAGUUGCUCUGAAUCAAGAGAGAAUUCAAACAAGCGAUCUCACACAAGUGUUACAUGAUAAGGAGUGCCUUAUUUUUAGUUCAGCCAGGGAAAUGAGUAGAAAUGAUGGUCAUUCCCAGGUCGAAAGCCACAAUAUGUUACUGCAUUUGAAUAACUCCUGUUCAUGUCGGCGUAUGUUGUCUGAAUCUCAGUUGGAAAACUCUUAUAAUGGAUGGCCUUGGGAUGCUAUGAAAACAUAUGCUGACCAGUUACAACCAUCAUCUUGUAAUCAAAAUGAAUCAUGCAUAUUGUCUUCUGAUCUGUUCAGAAAUGCAUUUUGUAUUAUUCAUCGAGGUGGAGAAGGAGGAGUUAAUUUGACUGAAUUGUCACAGGAACUGCAUCCAUUAGGCACACGGUUAAUCAAUGUGAUUGUUCAUACCCUCAAGAGAUUUCAUCUGGCUAUGGAGGUCAAUGCGUAUGAUGGUUUCCGGAUCGUUGACUCAUUACAUAAGUCAAAGUAUUAUAUAAGCACACUUGCAGAAUACAGCCAUUGCAGCUGUCCAGGAGCUCCAGCUUCUCAAGUAGCGGAGACUGGCGGCACCGAAAAUGUACUGAAAGGGAACCAUUCCAUGUCUAGCAAGCAGGGGACUGUCAAAAUGCUUGGUGAUGGGCACACUGUCACAGUUCUUAGUGUUCAAAGCAAGCCAAACUCAUCUCAUAUGUGUAGCCAAAAUCUGGGAGAUAAGGAAACAAUGUCUACUCCAGAAGAUAUCAGGGAGAGUGAUUGCUGCCAUGCUUGUGAAAGGCAUAUUUAUCACCCUAUAUUACCAUGGAUAAAUGGCGAUGGCAGCAUGAAUAGCACUGUGUAUGAAGGUUUAACUCGUCGAAUUAUUGGCUAUGUGAUGCAGUUCCCAGGAAUAGUAGAGGAGGAUAUUAUCCAUCAGAUGGAAGUGUUGAAUCCUCAGACAUGCAGGACCUUGUUGGAAAAGCUGACACUUGAUAGACACCUCUAUGUUCGGGUGUGCGAAACACCUGUGCCUACGGGUCCCACCAUAUUGCAGAGUCUUUUCAGUCAGGGCACCCGUACAGAACCAACCAAGCGUAGAAGGCGUUACUUCGCUAACCCAUCAAGUACAUUCAUGUUGUAAGAGUAACCCAGUUUGGGCUCAAAGUUGUGUUAAAUGUUCCUUGUCUGUUUGUGUGAAAUGUACUGCCAACGUGUUCUUCCCCAUCUGUGGGCUGCACCGUGCAUUUUCCAUACGGUGUAAUGCUGGGCAGUUGCUCCGCUAUUGGUCAAUAUAUGAUUCUUUUUCUUA